UGAACCUCCACCCAACCAUCUAUCUAAGGUCAGCCUGACUAGAGCAAGAUGCCUGAGACAGUGAAAGCACCCAAGAAGGGAUCUAAGAAAGCCGUGUCCAAGGCCACCAAGACCGGCAAGAAGAGGAGGAAGACCAGGAAAGAGAGCUAUGCCAUCUACGUGUACAAGGUCCUGAAGCAGGUCCAUCCCGACACGGGGAUCUCCUCCAAGGCUAUGGGCAUCAUGAACUCCUUCGUGAGUGAUAUCUUUGAGCGCAUCGCCGGUGAGGCCUCCCGUCUGGCUCACUACAACAAGCGCUCCACCAUCACCUCCAGGGAGAUCCAGACCGCCGUCCGCCUGCUGCUGCCCGGUGAACUGGCCAAGCACGCCGUGUCUGAGGGCACCAAGGCUGUGACCAAGUACACCAGCUCCAAGUAAACACCUCUGCUGCAUCAACCUGUAAACCAAAGGCUCUUUUAAGAGCCACU